AUGGCAUCCUCUAAGGAUUGCGCGGUGUUUGCAAAAGCAAAGCGCGUACAAGAGGUGAAAGAGCAACACAAGAUCUCUUAUGCAGAAGCCGUGAAAAAGGUGGAGGGAAAGCCUCAGGCCCAGGCUUUGCUGUUCGGCUACAUGAAGGAGGUUCAGGAGGCUCAGGGGGCUCAAAACCAGUCAUCGAGCCAGUCCAGCACCGGCAGUGGGGCAGGAGAUGGAGUCGAGGAAGAAGAAAUUAAUAUGGAGGAAGGGGGGCUUGAAGCCUUCUUUGGGGGGAUUUAG